CCGGGGUUCGAUUCCCCGGAUGCGCAUUUUUCGCUUUCUUAAUUUCUUUUUUGAUCCAAUGUAUCAAUGCUCGUUCGCCUGUGAGAAGCCAUUGUUGUCAUUGAACAGUCCACAAUCUACGAAUGAGCACCCGGAAGAAUCUGAACACCGCCGCUGCAAGAAUCCUCCACCUCUUAACCACUCGCUGCCAAACUCCAUCCCACCUCCAGCAAAUUCUAGCGCAGCUUCUGAUCCAGAACCUCCGCUCUGACACGACCGUCGCCCACCGCUUUAUCACCGCUUGCCAUUCCUUGAACCUCCUUACCUCCGCAGCCUUCCCCCUUUACAUAAACAACCGCACAACCCCCAACACUUUCGUUUGCAACAAUCUUCUCAAAGCCUUUUCUCAUUCCAGUGCUCCUCAGAAAUCGCCAGUAAUUUAUUCUCACAUGCAUAGGAAUUCUAUUUCUGUGAAUAAUUAUAGUUUUCCUUUUGUUCUGAAAGCUUUGGCGGACCUGAGGUUGAUGAAAGAGGGCAGGUCGGUGCAUGCCCAGGUAACUAAAUUGGGUUUCACGAAUGAUGUUUAUGUUGGAAAUUCUUUGCUGAAUUUGUACGCUGCAACUGGGAAUAUGGCAUUGUGUGGGCAGCUGUUUGAUGAAAUGCCUCUGAGAGAUGUUGUAUCAUGGACUGUUGUGAUCUCGGGGUUUAAUGAGGCUGGGAGGUUUGAUGAUGCGUUGAUUGCACUUGAGAGGAUGAGAAGCGAAGGCGUAAUGCCUAAUCAGGUGACCGCAGUGAAUGCUUUGGCUGCUUGCGCGGGUUUUGGGGCAUUGGAUAUUGGUGUGGGGAUCCAUGAGCAUGUGAAAAGGAGUGGGUGGGAGUUGGAUGUGAUUUUGGGUACCUCCUUGAUUGAUAUGUACGGGAAGUGUGGACAGAUUGAGGAAGGCCUGCGUAUUUUCAAGGAAAUGAGUGAGAAGAAUGUUUUUACGUGGAAUGCGAUAAUUAAAGGUCUAGCUCUAUCUAAGAAUGGAAAGGAAGCUGUUAGGUGGUUUUUCAGGAUGGAAGAGGAAGGGUUCCAACCUGAUGAGGUGACUUUGAUUACAGUGCUUUGUGCUUGUGUGCAUUCCGGUCUUGUGCAUAUGGGGCGACGGAUAUUUUCUUUCUUGGCUGAUGGGAAGUAUGGAAUUUCACCUAGUGUGAAGCACUAUGGCUGCAUGGUCGAUCUUUUAGCACGUUCUAAGUGUUUGGAUGAGGCGCUCAGGUUGAUCACAGAUAUGCCUUUUCAGCCUACUGUGAGUAUUUGGGGGGCUCUGCUUGCAGGCUCUAGAGCUCAAGCAAACUCUGAAUUAAGUGAAACUGCUGCCUGGAAACUUGUGGAGUUGGAGCCACAGAAUCCUGCGUACUAUGUUGUAUUGUCUAACUUGUAUGCAGAAAUGGGAAGAUGGAGUGAUGUGGAGAAAGUCCGAAAGUUGAUGAAAGAGAGAGGACUUAAGAAAGAUAUGGGUAGCAGCGCAGUCGGACUCAAGAAUCAGGAAUGUUUCCUUGAAUUGGUAAUCUGAAGUAUUUGCUUGAACUUGACAUUUGGACAAAGAAACAACAUCUUGUUCAUGGAUGUCUGUGUUUAGCCUCUCUGGUUUGUGCAGGUAUUAACA